CGAUAAUCCCGUAAUAAUACCACGGGAGGACGACAGCGUUCUAUCUUAAUACCAUUAUCGUUCCUUUUGCCCAAAAGAAAAGAAAGAAAAAGAAUGGUCCGACGUAAGCUGCUCACCACCACCACCAAGCUCUCACUCCCACACACCCCCGCGGCCGCCAAAGCCAAUGCCAAGGCCGCGCUCUCGCUCCUCCUCCUCCUCCUCCUCCUCGCCCCCACCUCGUGGGCGGCUCGCGUCCCGUUCGCAUGCGACCCGCGGAGCGGCCUCACCAGGGGCCUGAGGUUCUGCCGGGUGGCCCUCCCGAUCCACGUCCGGGUCCGGGACCUCAUCGGGCAGCUGACGCUGCAGGAGAAGAUCCGGCUGCUCGUCAACAACGCGGCCGCCGUGCCGAGGCUGGGCAUCCAGGGGUACGAGUGGUGGUCCGAGGCGCUCCACGGGGUCUCCAACGUCGGGCCGGGGACCAGGUUCGGUGGGGCCUUCCCCGGGGCCACCAGCUUCCCUCAGGUCAUCACGACCGCCGCGUCGUUCAACUCCUCGCUCUGGGAGGAGAUCGGACGGGUCGUGUCGGAUGAAGCGAGGGCCAUGUACAACGGUGGGAUGGCGGGGCUGACGUACUGGAGCCCGAACGUGAACGUGUUCCGAGACCCGAGGUGGGGGCGGGGCCAGGAGACGCCGGGCGAGGACCCCGUGAUGGCCGGGAAGUACGCAGCAAGCUACGUCCGGGGGCUCCAGGGCAACGUCGGCAAUCGGCUGAAGGUCGCGGCGAGCUGCAAGCAUUACACCGCCUAUGACCUCGACAACUGGAAUGGUGUGGACCGAUACCAUUUCAAUGCCCGGGUGAGCAAGCAAGAUUUGGAGGACACAUACAACGUGCCAUUCAAGGCCUGCGUGGUGGACGGGAAAGUGGCGAGCGUGAUGUGCUCGUACAACCAGGUCAACGGCGUCCCGACCUGCGCCGAUCCGAACCUCCUCAAGAACACCAUCCGUGGCCAGUGGCAUCUCAACGGGUACAUCGUCUCGGACUGCGACUCGGUCGGGGUGCUGUACGAGAACCAACACUACACCACCACGCCGGAAGAUGCGGCUGCAGACACCAUCAGGGCAGGGUUGGACCUGGACUGCGGGCCGUUCCUGGCGGUCCACACGGAGGCGGCCAUCAGGGGAGGGAAGAUGGCCGAGGCCGAGGUGGACCUGGCCCUCGCGAACACGAUCACAGUGCAGAUGAGGCUGGGCAUGUUCGAUGGCGAGCCGUCGGCGCAGCCCUACGGGAACCUCGGGCCGCGGGACGUGUGCACUCCGGCCCACCAGCAGCUGGCCCUGGAGGCCGCGCGCCAGGGCAUCGUGUUGCUCAAGAACCAGGGACAGGCUCUGCCGCUCUCUGCUAGGCGCCACCGCCUCGUUGCGGUCAUCGGGCCGAACUCCGACGUUACCGUGACGAUGAUUGGGAAUUACGCAGGCGUCGCGUGCGGCUACACCAGUCCCUUUCAAGGAAUCGGGAGGUACAGCAGGACGGUCCACCAACCAGGAUGCGUCGGCGUCGCGUGCACCUCGAACCAGCUCUUUGGGAGGGCUGAGGUUGCGGCUCGGCAUGCCGACGCCACCGUCCUAGUCAUGGGGCUAGACCAAUCGAUCGAAGCGGAGUUCAGAGACAGAACUGGGCUGCUCUUGCCGGGACAUCAGCAGGAGCUCGUGUCGAGGGUGGCCAUGGCCUCCAGAGGCCCGACCAUCUUGGUCCUGAUGAGCGGCGGGCCGAUCGACGUGUCCUUCGCGAAGAACGACCCACGGGUCGCCGCCAUAGUGUGGGCUGGGUAUCCGGGUCAAGCCGGCGGGCAGGCCAUAGCCGAUGUCCUGUUCGGAACUGUCAAUCCGGGAGGAAAGCUUCCUGUGACUUGGUACCCGCAGGAAUAUGUUGCCAAGGUUCCUAUGACGAACAUGAACAUGAGGGCGAACCCGGCGAAGGGCUAUCCCGGGCGGACCUACCGCUUCUACAAAGGCCCCGUCGUGUAUCCCUUCGGCUACGGCAUGAGCUACACCAGUUACCGACACUCGCUAGUCAAGGCUCCGACCCAAGUCUCGGUGCCGGUGGCGAGCCUUAGUGCCGCCUACCGAAACUCGUCCCUGCUGAGUGCUGGGAUCAGAGCUGCGCAUGUGAAUUGCGAUGCGGCCUCCCUUGGGAUCCAUGUCAACAUCGAGAACACCGGCUCGAUGGACGGGACGCACACCCUGCUCGUGUUCUCCGGGCCGCCGGAGGGGAAAUGGUCCCCGGCGAGGCAGCUGAUCGGGUUCGAAAAGGUCCAUGUGUCGGCCGGGUCCCAGCGGCGGGUCAGGAUCGACGUCCGCGUCUGCGAGCACCUGAGCGUGGUCGACGAGUUUGGGAUCCGAAGGAUCCCGAUAGGCGAGCACAAGCUCCACGUCGGCGACCUCGAGCAUUCCAUGACCCUCCAAGCAAAUUUGGGGUGAACAAGACACAUAAACUAAGUUUGAAGAUGAAAGGUAUAGUUGUAAUUGAAAAGAAUAUUCUGAUUUGUGGCCUUGUUUUUUCUUUUUUAAUUUUAUUAAACAAAUAGUUUUUUUUUUUUUUAAGAUUACGUAUUGUAGCCGAAUCUCCACAAAACUGGAGGAAGGCUAAUUAGAGGCAAAAGAAAAUAUUAUUGUGAAGUAGCAUUACUUAUUAAGUCCAGAUCCAUUCAAGUUGCGCCUAAAGAGCAAUUUGAUUGGAUAAAAUGUAAAGUAAUUGGUCAAAUAAAGGCAGAGAAAAGAGCUUGAAGUUUGAACUUA